AUGCUUGAAGACAGGAACUACCCGCCUAACAGCGCACUGAGAAUGCCUCCUCGAACAGUGACGAAGCGUUUGAAAAUCAACUACCAACCUCAGCAAACAGAUCAACAGCCACUCGAUCAGUUUCCAAUUAAUGCACCCAAGCUACCAAUAUCCCAACUCAUUAUCAACAUUAUAAUCUCUGUUACUAGUGAAAUUGAGGAGAAUGAUCUUUCGAAAAUUUUGGGCUUCGUCGAGAUAACCGCGCAACUAGAGCUGUUGGCGUGCGAACAGGGGACCCUAACACAGCAAGCAAGACUCCGGCCGGGAAGAGAGGUGUGGACGGCGCAUGAGGAGCUCUCUAAAGGCCUUUAUACAAAUGGCGGUAUCGAAUGA